UCUCAUCAGCACGUGCCAGCUUGGUCCUCUCUGCUCCUUCCCACUUGCCAGCUUUGACUCGAGAAGCCCCCCAGGCCAAGUGCAGCAUGAUCUCCAUCACUGAAUGGCAGAAGAUUGGUGUGGGCAUCACCGGCUUCGGCAUCUUCUUCAUCCUCUUUGGAGUACUUCUGUACUUUGAUUCAGUUCUUCUGGCCUUCGGAAACCUGCUGUUCCUGAUCGGCCUCACCCUCAUCAUCGGCCUGAGGAAGACGUUCUUGUUCUUCUUCCAGCGGCACAAGCUCAAGGGGACCAGCUUCUUCCUGGGGGGUGUGGUCAUCGUGCUUCUGCGUUGGCCCCUCCUGGGCAUGUUCCUGGAAACCUAUGGAUUCUUUAGCCUCUUCAAGGGCUUUUUCCCUGUUGCCUUUGGCUUCCUGGGCAAUGUCUCCAACAUCCCCUUCCUGAGUGCGCUGUUCCGCAGGCUUCAAGGCACCAGCUCAAUGGUCUGAGCAGCAGAGAUGAGCUCCUUGAAGUUGGACCAUUGGUGGAGAGGGCUGGAAGGGAAAUGGGGCCACCCCCUCAGACCCCCACCCUGCACUGACUCAUCUCCCCAUCGUCCCUGGACUUCCAACAGAGGGAAAGAUGGAGCUGAGCGACUGGUGUCAGAUCCCCCAGGCGACUCAGGAGGCUGGCAGGGCAGUAGGGAACAGAGAUCCAGGGCUCCGUGGAGAUCAGACUGGGGCUGCCAUUCACAUCCUUGUCCUGUGUUUAUGGGAGCAAAGAUUAAAUCCCCAAGUUGUGAGUGUGUCUGAGACUCGAAGUCAGUUUCUCCAGCCCACUAAGUCCACUUCCUGCGUCAGGACCAGCUGACACACACGUCAUUCCACAUAGCGGGGCUCAGUCCUGCUCUCAUAUGGCUUUAGUUCUUACCCUGGUGUUUAACAGUCCCGAUGAGUGAGAUAAUACAUUUGCAAGCCAUUGUUAGCAGUAAGUGUUUAACAAGUAAUGGGUAGUAAAUCUGUAUGCCUCAGCCAGAGCCUGUGCUGGGAGAUUCCUGUCUGAGGAUGGAGACAUAGCCCCUGCCUUCAAAGAUCCCCAAUCUGAUUAAGGGAACAGACCCUGCCCUGGGGAGCCCCUAGUCCAAGGGUAAAGAGAAUUCUCACAGUCUCACGAAAGAGGCAGUAAACUGCAAUACAUCCGUUUAAUGAAUAACCAUCUCUCGAGGGCCCUCUGUAUCUGCAGGGAGUGGGUGCUGAGGGGACAAGGGAGAAUAAGACCUUAUUUUUAGGCCUGUUCCAGCCCUCGAAGUACUGCAUACAAGCAGUCACAAAGCAGUGUGGUGACUACCACGCAGGGGCUGGCGUGGGUGCCACGAGAGGCAGGGGCAGGGCCCACGAGCCCCAUCUUCGGUUGUGCUGUCACUGCCUUCAGGGAAAGGUGAGUGCCCCGAAAAAGACCCUCAAAUUCCCAAAUGCUGCUGUUGCCACUGAUUUACAACAAGACACUUUUAAAGCAAAGAGCUUUUUCUGUAACUGUAUUUCUGUCCACAUGGUUUGGGCUUGGCUUUGAUCUUAUCCCUGUUCAUCUUACAAAGCCCCCUGCCAGCCGGGUCAAGGCAGUCAGGUCUGGAGAGCACCCCUGGCUUGGGAGGACGGCAGCUCAUUCCCACGACCGUGCUCCAGGACCUGCACAGUGCCUGGCUCAUGCAAGCUAUCAACAGGUAUCCUCCCUGCACCUCCAUCAGAGGGAAGGAUGGAGCUGAGCGGCUGGGGUCAGAUGCCCCAGGCAACUCAGGAGGACGGCAGGGCAGUAGGGAACAGAGAUCCAGGGCUCCGUGAAGAUCGGAGUGGGGCUGCCAUUCACAUCCCCGCCCUAUAUCUAUGAGGCCCACCCAAGGUCCUCUGACCCUUGCCCACUCCACCCCACCACUCUGA